AUGGGAGGGACAGCUCGGGAGAGCCCAGAGGACUGCCGCUUUCUGGACGCAGAAGCAUCCAAGAGGCGAAAGAAGACCCGCACCAGGUACCAGAUCUGCGGACUGCUCUUCAGCGUGCUCCUCAUUUCUCUUAUUCUCAUAUUUUUUGGUGUCAGAUACCUCUGGAACCCAACACCCAGAAAAGUUUAUGGCAUGGAACACACGUUCUUCAGCCAUGGCGAGAAGAAGAAGAUUGUGAUGGAGAUUGACCCUCUGGCCAGGACGGAGACCUUCAGGAGUGGGAACGGCAGUGAGGAAAUCCUGGAGAUCCAUGACUUCAAAAACGGAAUAACCGGCAUCUUCUUUGUGGGACUUCAAAAAUGUUUCAUCAAAACUCAGACGAAAGUCCUACCUGAGACGACAGAGGCCAAGAUCCCCGAGCUUGAGGGAGAAGAAAUCACAACCACCUACUUUGAGCAGUCUGUGGUCUGGGUGCCUGGGGAAAAGCCCAUUCAGAACAAGGAGUUCCUGAAGAGCUCCAAAAUUUUUGACAUCUGCAGAAACGUGACCAUCUACUGGAUCCACCCCACGCCAAUAGCAGCUCCUGAGCUGGCUGACCUUGAAGGGGCAGAAGAAGAUGAUCCUGAGCUGCUCAUAGCCAGCCAGAGCUGGUCAGAUGGGGGGAGCGAACACGAGGUGGAGAAAGAUGCACAACCAGGGCCCAAGCGUCGGGCACGGCAGCUCACUGAGGAGGACCUGCCCAUCAACGACUACUCGGAGAACGGGCUGGAGUUCCAUCCCUUGUGGGACGAGCGAGGCUACUGCUGCGCCCAGUGCCGCCGCGCCAACCGCUACUGCCGGCGGCGCUACUACCCCUACCCCUACUGCUACCAGGGCGGGAGGGUCAUCUGCCGGAUCAUCAUGCCCUGCAACUGGUGGAUUGCUCGCAUGCUGGGCAGGGUGUAG